AUGACAAAUUGCGAAACAUCCAAAUCUCAUGCUCCUCGUCACUCUACAUCGCUCCAAUUUCUCCACCAACUCAGUUUUUCACCUUUCACACCCCAUUUUCAUAUUGUAACCUCCCUCUCAUAUUCUCUUCUGGCUCAUGCUUUCUAUAAUCCGUUGAUCACACGUCAAGACCACCCCAUCUUUAUUUUCAUUGAAGCAGAAUGA